AUGUGCGCAAAUACCUAUUCCCCAAAAUACAACAAUGUCAAAUCCAUUUGAGCCCAGCUGGUGGUCUAAAUGACUAAGGUAGGAGUAUUCUCAAUACGUUUUCGGUGGUUGACAAGCAGUUACCACAGGAUAAGAGGUAUUUGUUUUUGUUUUUGUCUCCGACUAAACACACGGUUUUAUUUUGAAGACCCAAUACUUUUGUCCCUUCACAUUUCGCUACCUUGCAGCGACUCCUGCAGUCACGUGACUCUAGGCGGCACGUGUUGAUGACGUGUGUAUGUUUUGGCGAAUCCUGUGCUAAUCGGAAGAUCGGUUAAGGCCUAUAUUUCAUUUAGGCGCUUCUAUUGUUGUACUGCUUUGCGAUGAACAAAAAUAAGGCCAGCGGCGUGUCUUGGGUGAAACCAGCGGAACCUUCUUUUCUGAAGAAGUUUAAAAAUGAUGUUGGAUACAAAGAAGGACCGACUGUUGAUACUAAGCGUCACGUGAUGCCAACACUGGAUGACGACAGCGGGAGUGAUCGAGAGGACGAGCUACCUCAGGUUGUGGUCCUGAAAAGUGGGGACCUGACUGCAGAGGAGGUGGAGAAGAUCAAGGGUAAAGUGCCUCCUGGGAGUGAUGCAGAGAAAGAUGACGGACCACCUCUUGAUGGCAAAAUCCUUUUCAAGAAACCGGCCAAGCGCUCCUCCUCAGACAAAUUCCAGGGGAUCACUGCCAGCUCCAGCAAGAAGAAGAAGAGUGAGGGAGGAGAGAAGGAGGAGAAGAAGGAGGUAACGUCUGCGAAGAAAGUAAAGAACAACAGCCUUCUGUCAUUUGGAGGGGAUGAGGAGCAAGAGGAGGACUAAGUGGUAAUGGUGAAAUAAAAGGUCACGAUUCACCCCUGGAACGGAUGACUGAAGGGAGCCAAAGUGAAGUUUGGAUGUUUCAUAGGAUCAGAAUUAACAAACAUUUUAUUUCUAAACAAAUACUAUCUGGAUUUCAUUUAAAGUAUGCAGCCCAGCCAUUCUUAAGAUUCUGUUAAAGGACAGUCCAGUAUUUUUGCAUAUCCGAGCCGAGUGACCACAAAUAGAUGAUUUGUCCGUUAAUUUUAGUCCAUUGUCAUUAUUGCCUGAAGUAAGUAAUCCAUCACAGGGAACAAUUUGAGGCCCUUGUUGUUUUGAAUCCAAGUUCCAUUAUUGUUAUAUGGGAGUACAGUUGUGUGCAGGGACGAUUUUCGACUGACUUGGUGCCUUCAGGGACACCCAGACAUCCGCAGACUGAUAGUCUGUUGAACAAAGACAACUAGGGAUGAACGAUUUGAGGAGAAAUUGUUUUUGUUUUUUUCCGACCAGUUUUGUCACUGUGAUUGAAAUUGCAAUUAUUUUCUUUAAAUAAACCUACAAGAAAUGCAUUUAGCGUCUAUUAACAUCAGUUGUAAAGUGUCAAAAUUAAUUAUUCAAUAUGAUUAAAAAUUAAUCGUUACGUUUGAACUUGGGAUUAUAUUUGAUAACAGCUGUGUAGGUGUCCACUGUCAUGGUAAUAAUGGCUAAAGUCGUGUCUGACAGUGUUUUGAAAUCUGACUUAAUGAUACUGUUAACAGCUCUGCACAUCCUAACUUCAAUUUAAAAACAAUGAAUUAUUGAUUGAAUUAUCAGCUCUUGGAACAGCAUUGCAUCGAUGAGCUCUGUUGUCUGAAAUUCAAAUUCCAAAGGAUAACACAAAGCAGAGGUGAAUGUUGUAAAAAGUGUAAGUUUGCCCCCCCCCCCCUUUUUUUUUUUUUUUGCAUUAAAGUUUUACUGGGGGACUCUAAACUGCCAGACAUCAUUGAUGUCAGACGUGCGUCAGCAACGGUGAGUUUUCAACUUACAGCUUCAAUACAACACAAGGUAAAGUCAUAUUUUCCUAUAAAAAGGUCAAACAAUGUUGACUGUGAUGGUUUACCCACCUCAAGCAAACAUCUAGUCCAAAAAUUGAGUCAUUUAAUGAGAUAUUGAGGUGUACAACAAAAUUAACUUGAAGCAGAUUUUUAUUCAAUACUGAAAUGAAUGGAUACCCAUAUAAAAGCUGUGAACAUUUGAAAGUGGUCAACGGUAAUGUUAAAUUUAGGCCAUUUGUAGUUAAUUAGUUAUUGGGCUAAAAUGGAAAAGGUCGAAGAUUCUCCUCAACAAAUCUGAUUGGUACUCACAUUAUUAGCGAUUGAAAUUACUUCUGAUUGCAGUUAAGUUGGGCCUACUUUUCCCUGACUAGUCAUUGGUCACCCAGGUGAUAUAUUAUUUCAGCUACUUUAAAAAAAAUAAAAAAAAUGCUGAGUUAAGUAAAAGUGAAUCAUUGGCACAUUUUUGUAUUUUUUAUGUUUGAUAAAAAAUGUCAUUGAAAUCUCUUCAGGUAGAAUCCAUGUAGUGACAAACUUGAUGACAGUUUUCCUUGUGUUCUCGGUGCCUUUCAGUUUCAGAAAGACUAAAGCAAAACAAGUUUCAGGGUACAGUUACAGGUCAUUCAGACCCUGAUCUCAGCAGCUCCCGUCAUGUAGCCCAGGCAGUGCUACAGACGCUCCACCCUCCUGCUAUAUAGAUUCAGAACACUUGCCUCUCAUACAUAUUAAGAUCAUUUGGGUUCUUUGUGUUUGAAUACUCCUGUGGACUGUAUCUUUGUGUCAUCUCAACUGUAAUGAUCGGUGUUGCGUGGAAGUGGUCACUGUAGAAUUUCCAAUACAUUCAGCGAUGUAUUGAAUGUAUGAACAUAUUCUAGCUUCGACAAAGGAGCUGUAACAGUUUAUGUAGAAACAAUGCAUUCUUGUCAAUGCAAAUGGCUUAAUUUUUUUUUUUUUUUUUAAAUGUAUUUGUUUUUAUUGUGUGCAUUUUUAGAGAAUGGUUAUUGCUGUAACAUUUGAAAUAUA